CUUCAAUUGGUGCAAUCGAUUCAAUGGCGGAAAAUCAUCGGACCGCAGAAUCAGAGAAGUUGCUUCUGACGCAACACGCCGAGAAGCACUUCACGGCGGGCGAGAUCGUCCACGACAUUAUCAUCGGCGUCUUUGACGGCCUCACCGUCCCCUUCGCUCUCGCCGCUAGUCUUUCCGGUGCGAACGCUUCCUCCUCCAUCAUCCUCACCGCCGGCAUCGCCGAGGUCGCAGCCGGCACAAUCUCCAUGGGAUUCGACGGGUAUCUGGCAGCGAAGAGCGAGGCAGAUCACUACGUGAGGGAGCUGAGGAGAGAGCAGGAACUGAUCGUGACCGUCCCUGAUACAGUGGCAGCGGAGGUAGCGGAGAUACCGGCAGAGUACGGGAUAGAGGAGCAUGAGUAUAGACCCGUGGUCAAUGCUCUCAAGAAGAAUCCCCAGGCUUGGCUUGAUUUCAUGAUGAAGUAA